GUCUCAACGCGAUGUUCUCUAUCCGCCGUGAGCGCCACUAAUCUCUUAAAAACAGCUUGCCUAGUCAGUCCCUCGGGACUUGGGCUUGCCUCUUCCACGAGCAGUGGCAACGUGGUAGCCGCCUCCACUGCCAGCAGUCAAGCAACCGGUUCGGCCAGUUCGGCUGUGCUCCUCUCCACGGCAAGGAAUUCUAUGGUAUUUUUUUAAAAUCUAAAGCAUUUAAGUGA